UAUCUCUCUCGUGGGGUUUCUGGGUUUGUGUGGACUAUCUUUAGUUCUCAUUUUCUUUGUUGAAGAAGUAUUUUUGGUUUCUUAUUAGCUUAAUAUUAGGGUUUAGUGAGGGGGAAGUUAUGGCUAGAUUGGUGAUUCAACCUUACAAAAGUUGUUCGGGUUUGGCAAAGACCAGUCUAUUGGGAUACUUCACCUCUUCAUCUCUCUUUCAAGCAUCACGACGAGGCUGUUGUUUGCAGCAGUCAUUCAAGGGUGUUUAUACAAGUCAAAAAUACACAAGUUCUGAGGAGGUUUCCCGUCGGAGUAUACAUCCACUUCUGUUCUCCUCAUCUUUCAGGAUUAAGCAGUCUAGUAAAAGACUGAUCUGCUCAGUUGCAACACAACCCCAACCAAGCCAGGCAGAAGAAUUCAAAAUGGACACCCCUAAGGAGAUUUUUUUGAAGGAUUACAAGACGCCUAAUUACUACUUUGAUACGGUUGAUCUGACGUUCUCAUUGGGAGAGGAGCACACAAUUGUUUGUUCAAAAAUAACUGUUUACCCUAGAGUUGAAGGUGUCUCUUCUCCACUGGUCUUAGAUGGGGCGGAUCUUAAGUUACUAUCAAUCAAAAUUGAUGGCAAGGAACUGAAGAAAGAAGAUUACCACCUGGAUUCACGCCAUCUGACACUCUCUUCAGCCCCAAGUGCAAGAUUUACUUUAGAGAUUGUUACGGAGAUAUAUCCUCAGAAAAAUACAUCUUUGGAGGGGCUCUAUAAAUCCUCUGGAAAUUUUUGUACACAGUGUGAAGCUGAGGGUUUUCGGAAGAUAACAUUUUACCAGGAUCGACCUGAUAUUAUGGCUAAAUACACAUGCCGGGUCGAAGGCGAUAAGACCCUAUAUCCAGUAUUGCUUUCAAAUGGAAACCUCAUAGAGCAAGGAGACCUCGAGGGUGGUAAACAUUAUGCUCUUUGGGAGGAUCCACACAAGAAACCAUGCUACUUGUUUGCAUUGGUUGCUGGACAGUUGCAGAGUAGGGAUGACUCUUUCAUCACUCGGUCGGGCCGGGAGGUCUCUCUUAGGAUCUGGACCCCUGCAGAGGAUCUACCAAAAACUGUUCAUGCCAUGUAUUCUCUCAAGGCAGCUAUGAAGUGGGACGAGGAUGUUUUCGGUCUUGAGUAUGACUUGGAUCUUUUUAAUAUUGUGGCGGUUCCAGAUUUUAACAUGGGAGCCAUGGAGAACAAGAGUUUGAAUAUAUUUAAUUCGAAGCUUGUUUUGGCAUCACCUGAGACUGCUUCAGAUGCUGAUUAUGCUGCAAUUCUAGGGGUUAUUGGUCAUGAGUAUUUUCAUAACUGGACUGGAAACAGGGUGACAUGUCGUGACUGGUUCCAGCUGAGUCUGAAGGAAGGUCUAACCGUCUUUCGGGAUCAGGAAUUUUCUUCUGACAUGGGAAGCCGUUCAGUAAAGAGAAUAGAAGAUGUUUCAAGGCUGCGUAACUAUCAGUUUCCACAGGAUGCUGGUCCUAUUGCUCAUCCAGUACGACCACAUUCUUAUAUUAAGAUGGACAACUUCUACACAGUUACGGUUUAUGAAAAGGGAGCUGAAGUUGUCAGGAUGUACAAAACUUUGUUGGGAAGUCAAGGUUUCCGAAGAGGGAUGGAUCUUUAUUUUAAGAGGCAUGAUGGCCAAGCUGUAACGUGUGAAGAUUUCUAUGCUGCAAUGCGAGAUGCAAAUGAUGCGGACUUUGCUAAUUUCUUGUUAUGGUACUCUCAGGCAGGAACACCAUCCGUGAAGGUUACAUCAGUCUACAAUUCUGAAGCCAAGACAUACACUUUGAAGUUCAGUCAAGGGGUGCCUGCUACUCCAGGCCUGGCAGUGAAAGAACCAAUGCUCAUACCUGUGGCAGUUGGCCUGCUUGACUCAAGCGGGAAGGAUAUGCCUCUCAAAUCCGUGUAUCAUGAUGGAAUGCUUCAGGUGGUUUCCACAGAUGGGCAACCAGCCUAUACUACAGUUCUUCAGAUAAAGAAGAAGGAAGAAGAAUUUGUGUUCUCUGAAAUAUCUGAACGCCCAGUUCCAUCUCUCUUGCGGGGAUACAGCGCUCCUAUUCGCCUUGACUCUGAUCUUACUGAUAAUGAUCUUUUUUUUCUACUUGCUCAUGAUUCAGAUGAGUUUAAUCGUUGGGAGGCGGGGCAAGUGUUGGCUAGAAAUUUGAUGCUUAGCUUGGUUGCUGAUUUCCAGCAAAACAAACCAUUAGCUCUGAAAGCAGACUAUGUGCAUGGUCUCAGAAGCAUACUAUCUGACACUAGCUUGGAUAAAGAAUUCAUUGCUAAGGCAAUUACUCUGCCCGGGGUAGGGGAGAUCAUGGACAUGAUGGAGAUUGCUGAUCCUGAUGCUGUUCACGCUGUCCGAUCUUUCAUCAGGAAGCAUCUUGCUUCUGAACUCAAAGCAGAAUUUCUCAGGACGGUUGAAAACAAUAGAAGCUGUGAUCCAUAUGUCUUCGAUCAUUCCAAUAUGUCAAGACGCGCUUUGAAGAACAUCGCCCUUGCCUAUCUAGCCUCUUUUGAGGAUACCCAGAUCACCGAACUUGCUCUGAAUGAGUACAGGACUGCUACAAAUAUGACCGACCAGUUUGCAGCUCUAGCAGCCUUGGUCCAAAAUCCUGGCAAAACCCGCGAUGAUGUUCUUGCUGAUUUCUAUGGCAAGUGGAAACAUGACUAUUUGGUUGUGAAUAAAUGGUUUGCUCUUCAAGCCAUGUCAGACAUUCCUGGAAAUGUUGAAAAUGUCCGCAAGCUGCUGCAGCAUCCUGGCUUUGACUUAUGCAAUCCAAACAAGGUGUACUCACUCAUUGGAGGAUUCUGCGGGUCACCAGUUAAUUUCCAUGCUAAGGAUGGUUCGGGCUAUAAAUUCUUGGGAGAGAUUGUAGUGCAACUUGACAAAAUAAACCCCCAGGUUGCCUCCCGUAUGGUGUCUGCCUUCUCGAGGUGGAGGCGUUAUGAUGAGACCAGACAGGCGUUUGCUAAGGCACAAUUAGAGAUGAUAAUGUCAACCAAUGGACUCUCUGAGAAUGUGUUUGAAAUUGCGUCAAAAAGCUUAGCUGCUUAGUUACAUGCUUGAGGUCACUCUUCUGUUAUCACCAGAUUCAUCAGGGUAUAAUUAGACAUUGUUAAUAAGUUUAUUUCUUAUGUUUAUUUAUUUUAAUAAAAAUAGAUUUCAUAAGUAACAUGGCAGUAGUGAGAUGGUAAUACCGUUUUUUUAACAUUCAUCGAGCUCUAUGCGGUUUCUCUGCUGGCAUACCUUGUUAAUUUUCGUGCUUAUUUAUAGCGGCAUUUUAAGCA